AAUAGUCUCAUCUUGAUGCCCUCUGGUCUCAUUCCAUUCUCCCUCCAUCUCUUCUCCUUUCUCCAUCCCUCGCUCUCUCGGAACCCCUCACAUACUGACCUGCGGGGAGAUCGGAGGGAGAUCAUGCUGUCUGUACUGGCACUGACGUCCAUUGUGCUCUUGGGCAUAGCCUCUCAGACCACGGCUAUUGUUGUGUACACAAGCUGGGAGAGACAUGCGCUGGUGGGCACAGAUGUCAGACUCUCCUGCUCUUUCUUCUCUUGGCAAUGGACUUCUCCAGACGUAACCUUCUCAUGGCAUUACCGUCCAGAUGGGGCAAAAGACAGCAUCGCUAUUUUCCACUAUGCAGGCGGAGCACCCUAUGUGGAUAACAAAGGCCCGUUCCGGGACCGUCUGGAAUUUGUGGGGAACCCCAGUCGCCGCGAUGGUUCUAUCCUGAUCAAGAACGUUGACUUUGCAGACAAUGGAACCUUCACCUGUGAUGCCAAGAACCCACCUGACAUUGCUGGCCGCCCCUCUCACGUUCGAUUGCUUGUGUUUGAGAAGGUUCCAGUGCAGGCUGGUGUGAUAACAGGGGCUAUUAUUGGCGUAGUGUUGGGACUGCUGAUCCUCAUUGUGGCAAUUUACUAUCUCAUGCGUUUCCUGGUCGCCAGACGAGUGUUCAGCUUGAGCAUGAGUAAACAUGGCAAGAAAGGCAAAGGAAAAGAAGGAUCACAGCAAAAACAGGUUUUGGCUGUGGCGGAUCCGGUCAAACUGAAAGCGGCAGCGUCAGAGAAGAAGAAACAGGAGUCUCGCAGGGAGAAGAAAUAGGGAUUGUGGAGCAGAGAGCUAGAGCUCCAGAGCGGGGCCGCCUCCACCCAGACCCAAGCCCAGGAAGAGGCUGCGGGGAUGGGCAGGCAGGACAGGGUUCUUAUGACCAUUGAGCUAGAGCUCACUAAACAGGAGAGAGAGGGAGGGCAAACUAAAACGAGUCCCGCUGCGGUCUUUUCUCAACUCGCGCGCAAAUUCACUCGCAAGUGAGAGAGAUGGGUAUGAAAAGAGGGGGUGGUGGAGAAUUUUGGAGGCAAGGAGAUAAAGAUGAAUCCUUAAAAACAGGAGGACAGGAGAGGGGUGAAAUUUGUCUCAUUUUAAUACAAUACCAAAUGAAAAAAGUGUGGUUACAAAAAAAAAAAAAAAAAGACUGUGUUCAAUCUAUGUGCGGCAUGAUAAAUCUACAAACACAAUAUACAUGAAUUUACUUGCAGCUGUGACAAGAUAUUUUAUAAUUAUGAUACAUAAUUAUUAUAUAAUUUGAUAUCAUGUGAGUUGUUUCUGUCCUUGCUUUGUUCAGCUAUGUAGCUCCGUCCACAUUAAAAUCGAAUUCAUUCCAAAGCAAUCUCCGCAUUCAGUGAGGUUCAAAAUUCUGAAUAGCUUCAGCUGUAUUUGCAUUUUUUUUAAUUUCAAUAAAUUUUGAUGAUAAACUAUACAAUCAGCUUAACAAUUUGAAAGAAAAUGCAAUUAAAAAAAUGAAUGAACAAAAUGAAUGUCAGAAUCCGUGCUCAGAAUGCUUAGUUUUUGCUUUUAGUGAAAAGUUGUUGUGUUGCAACUGGUUAGGACACAGUCUUUUUUUUAUUUUAUUUUAUUUUUUUUUAUUUAAAAAUCACACAUUCACAACAAAACCCAGAGCUGAGAGCCAUCCAUUACGCACACACUGACAGUUUGUGAGAGCUGUAAUAGUGGCAGAAUGGUUUCCUCUUGUUAAGUGACAGACAACUCUCUCUCGCUCUCUCUCUCUCUACACACACAUACAAUCUUAUACAAGAACACAAUCCAAGCUGCACACUUUUCACACUUUGUACUUUUGUUAAAAAAUGAUUUUGGAUACUUUAUAUUAACUGCCUUUUUUCUCAUUCCCUCCCUCUCUUUCUAUUUUUCUCUGUUUUACUGCCUGUCUCUCUGUUUGUGUCUGUGUAUGGUCAUUCUAUUCUCUAAUCUCUCUUCCUUAUAGCACUUCUGACACUUUUUGUUUUUGUUUGUCUUUUUCUACUUUUUCUUCUGUUCUUUCACCAUUCUUGUCAUCUGAUAUACUGGUGCUAUUACAUCACUUCCUGUAGGCCGGCCCCCUAAAGUAGCCUCCUUCCCCAUCCUUCUUUUUCUGAGAGCUAAAUUUCAUUUCAGUCAUAAAAUUCGUUCAUAUUUCGUCCAACACACACUAACACUCAUGGCGUCAUCUCAUGUAUCCCAUCAAGCAGUUUUAAGUGCUAUCCCAAUAGGUUUUUGACAGGAAUUUGAAUCUGAUUUAGAGUUGUGGUGUGUUUUUGCUCUGACUGCAGUGACUGAAAUACCCAAAAUGACGUCGAUACUGUUGGCAGAGACAUUCAAACACACGCUGUGUGAGAGUUACUUGAUACGCUAAGUCAAAUUCUCAUGUCUGUCCGCACCAGCUGUUGUCUGACAAACAGCUGAUUAUUUUAACACUCUCUUGUAACUGGAGAACUAUCUAUGUCUUCCUUCUGUCCAGUGAGGGCCGGCUCCUACGGUUGCACUUUUUCCCCAACCAUCUCCACACAUAUCAUUGGCAAGGCCCAUCGCUCCAACCAAAAUCAUAGUUUUACUUCACCUCUCUCUAAUCCUCCUCUAACUAUAGUGAACGCUCAUCCACCACCAUCUCUUCUCAUCCCGUUUCUGCUGGUAAGAAUACCCCCGUGCUCUCUCCUGCCCCCUGCUGCCCACAGUAUAAAACAUUUUUUAUUUGGCCGACUUGUCACAAAGAUGUCAAUGCAAAAAAUUUAAGUUCUUUUAGCUAGCUCUCUGCUGACUACGAUAGAUGCAUGUUUUUCAUGACUUUUGCAUGUGUGUGUUUUAAGUCUGAUGAUAUGUCUGUAACCUGUCAACGUGUUUGGGGAACAAAACGACAUAAAAACAACAUUGUAGAAACAUUCGUAACGUCAUUGUUAGUAAUGACAAGCUGUGCAGCAGCACCCUGGGACUGUUUGUGUGUUGGAAGCAGAAAUAUAAUAGAGUUUAAUGAUGUUUAAUAAUAUUUCUGCACUUUCACUUGACUGACAUGGCAGAAUUCAUGUGGUUGUUUCUUCAUGACAGUGUUUACCAUCGGGACGUUGGCAUGUUAAGGCUAUGGGAAGUUAUGCAAUGAGGGUGGAAAGGUUUUUGGAAUUUUUGAGAGAAAAAUAAAUUAUGAAAUACUGGGAUGAAGACUUGCACUGAACUCAUAUUGAGGUGAAAAGUCAAGUCAAAGUACAAUAAACAUCUCAGUCUCACAGGAUAUGUUUUUCUGUUCAAGUCUUCAUGUCUAUGCAUGUCAGCCCUAAACCAGACAGGGGCUCUCAUUGGGAAUGCUAGGGAAAGCUAUAGAAUUGCAAGGGCUUGUGGGAAAUAUGUUUGUUAGCCUACAGACAGAUGCUUUUUAUGCAUCUCAGAGUAAAUGUCGAGCAGCCACAUGGUACCUGCCAUUAAACUGUGUUUAAAUAUCGGGGAAUUCCCAUGUUGUAUGUAUUGUGCACCUGUAUUGGUACAGGUCUAGGUAACCGUUCUUUCUUCAAACUCCAUUAAAAAGUCUAAUUAUUUUUUACUUUUAUUUUGACUUUAACACAGCUAACUUUGGUUAACUGUAAAAUGUCUUGUAAAAAGAAAAAUCUCAAGUUUAAAUAAUUUCAGAAAAACGUCAAUAAAAAAAAUCAGAUCC